AUGAUACAUAGAACCGGCAAGCGUGCAAAGCACACUAUCAAAAAAUAUUCAACUGUUCUCGAAGAGAAAGAAAAAGAUGCAGAAGAGAAAAAUAAUGAGGAAGCACUAGAAGAAACUGCAAACGAAGAGCAAAAAGCCACCCCACCUUCGAAAUCUAAAGAAAUUGAUGUAGGAAAAAUAAUGGAAGCGAGAGCAAAGUUUAUUCCUUUGAGAUUGAAACUAGAGGAAAGAAAAUACUUGAGAUUGUUGGAGGCAGCAUUAAAUGUUACAGAAUACACGGAAAAGAUUGACGACGCCUCAUCUGCAGGAAAAGCUAAACGUGUCGUUAAUCAGAUCAAGGAGUUAUGUGCAGUUUUGACUGGUCUCGUUUUAGGAUGUGAUUAUAAGAGAGGUCAGGAGUUAUUCGCAGAUAGAGACUUCGAAGAAAACGAAGACUUUUUUCAAAAAAUAUUUGAGAUUGGUCGUAGACAUAAAAUUAUGAAUCCGGAGAAGAUGAGGGGCGCCUACGGUAAACUAAUGUACCUUUUAUCAGACUCUAUGAUUCCUGAAGUAAAGGAAAUGCUUGGAUUCGAUUGUGUGAUACCAAUCAAAACUGUUUAUUCAUUCUUGAAAGAACGACAUGGUUUAAAAGUAUUGCAUGAAGAUAUUGUGCUACUUGCGACCAUGGAAAUAAUACCGGACAGAAAGACGCGUUCUCAAAUCCAAGCAGAAAUCAAACGUAAAGAGAGGAGUAUUGAGACACUUAGCCGAAAAUAUCAAUCGAAAUAUCUUUCAGCAGAUGAUAUCCGUCAUUGUUUGUACAGUAUAGGCGAUAACAAUGCUUAUCUUCGUGCAAAUCGUGAUCCUUGCGAAAAGAUGAUCAGAUAUUUGGAGGAAUUUUUCAAUCCCAAAGAUGAACCGGAGGUAGAAUACUCUCUGUCAAUCGCGUCUGGUAAUGAAGGUCACCGUUUGAGCCACGAUCAUGAGACACAGUAUAUCUACGUUAAUCAAACCCUUAAAUUAUGGCGCGAAAUCCUAAAUGACAUGUUUAAGCUUUGGACAUUGGCAGAUCAAGAUAUACUAUCACCAUCCAACCCUUAUCGAUUGUCACAAACAGGACAAGGUUUACAUCGUAUUCAACCCAGCCCUGCUAUUUCUCGAGAAAUGCAUCGCACAUUAUUUAGAGCACAAAAAAAGGCCGGAACUUGGAUUGGCAGCAGUGUGAUUCAUCUGGGAGAUAGAAAUGUACCAAAUGCGCUUAUAUUUAUAGACAAAUAUAACCAAGUAGCUCGCAUAUUGAACCCGAUAUGUAUCACUAUCAGCAGACUGGACGAUCUAAUAAAGGAUGAAGGUAUUCGCAAAUUUGUCGAAAAGAAGUUUGGCAGUACCAAGCUCUGUAAAAAGACUAUUCUGGCUGAUUUUUUCCGAUCUGCUUUUGAUGGCUCUGGAGCCGACAACUUUUAUGAUGCUGGCAGUUGUAUUGAUGGCCGACUUACUUCGGCUUGGAAUUGGUGUUCACAAAUUGAGAAUAAAUCUUAUUUCCCAGUAUUUCUAUUAGCAGGUUUCACUGGCUUUGAUGGUGGUGGUUGGUAG